UCAACCGGCCGAAGACAAGGAGCUUUUUGUGCAGAACGGGGAAUCACAGGACUCACAUGCUUCAGUAAGGAGAAACAGAGAGAUUGCAGCAGAUGAUAGACUUCCUCAGAAGAGCAGGAGACCGGCGAGGAACGGGCUGAAGUCAGAUUUGUGGCUGGACGAGGUACCUCGGAACCGUGUGGACCGAGCUGGACUGGACUCAAAAGGACUACCUGAAGAUGGAGAAUGACAGAACAGAAGCCGAGGAGAAGGUUGAGGAUCUGCCCGAAGAGACAACAGAAGGUGUGGAGGAACGUCCCCAGGACAUUUCUCAGGUGCAGGGCCUCCUGGUGGAGCUGCGCGAGGGGCUCCACGCGGCUGUGGGCGAGCUUGGCGAGCUGCGUCACAGGGACCACGCUUUGGAGGAGAAGCUCCAAGCACAUCAGACUGAAGUGGAUGACAAGAUAAUGGGCCUCAAGAACUCGCUCAAUACAUUCAAGGAGGAGCUGAAUGUGGCGUUGUUCCACAUUAGAGACAUGUCCAACAGGCAAAGGGAGGCGCAGAGGAGGAUGGAGCUGCUGCAGAUCGAAAGCAACAAGGAUAUAAUUCCCCUUCCACACAGGUCCUGCAGCAGGAAGAGCUCCAGGUCAGACGUGCUGGCGUCGCCCGGGGACGAGCACAUCUGCACGCCCAGCCAAUCAGAGGUCGGCGUUUAUCAGAGCUUUUUCCCGACUCUGCCUCAGGGCGAGUCGCCGCAGAGGAGCAACACGUCGACACAGACCUCCACUUCUGACCAGGAGGCUCGGCAGCAGCAGAAAUUUCCGUCAUGGGGAGAGAAGACGAAUAACAGAGACCAGCUGGAAAUCUGCAACAAUCAGACUGAAAACAAUAAGCGACAACAGGCCGCGCUGGAGCUGCUGGAGUCGGAGAGAGUCUACGUGUCCCAUCUGUCUCUGCUGCUGAAGGCCAACAUCUCCUUCAACGGAGCCGAAGCGCCGACCACGAAGGACAAACGGCCUUUCCCCAGCUCCUUGAGGUUUCUGAUCCAGCAGCACCUGGAGCUCCUUCACACUCUGCAGGAGCGCGUGCUCAGGUGUCAGUGGCAAGGCAUCAUGGGAGACGUGUUCAUGAGGCUCACUAGCAAAGAGAGUGAUUUCCUGGACUUCUACGUCUCCUACCUGAAAGAGCUUCCAGAUUGUCUGUCCGUUGUCACCAUGUUGGCGUCCAGCUCCAUGAAGUCCGCUGCCUUCGUGGAUUGUGACGUUCUGGGGGAUGAAUCCAGACCUUCGCUUUACACCCUGCUCCUCCAGCCAGUCCAGAGGAUCCCAGAAUACCUGCUGCUGUUACAGGGCUUGCUCAGACAGACGGAUGCAGAUCACCCAGAUUACUACCUGCUGCUGGUCUGCGUCCAGCAGUUCAGGUCCUUCACUGCGCAGCAUCACCACCUCCUGCAGCACAACCAGGAGCUUCUGCUGCUCAACCGCAAGGAGGUGCAGAGCAGGUCCAACAUGAAGCAGCUGUUAAAGACAGUGGAUGGAGGGAUUCAAACUAGCAACAUUGGUUCACCUUAUCCUGGCAGCAAUGCAAUACUGGAGCAUGCCAACAUGGUGAAGCGCCGGAAGCAGUGUCUCCUGGAGCAGAUUCAGUCCCACCGCUUCCAGGACUGGGAUCGCAGUCAAGAUCCACAGAGUCACUGCUAUAACGCAGAGUGGCCGUCCCAGGUGCCAUUCUUCAGUCACAAUCUGGACUCACGCAAUCCAAAACAAACGGGUCUUGGCAGUAUCCCAGAAAGUGAGAUGUCCGACAGAUCAUGUCAGCACAAUCAGGUGCCCACCAGACCAGCUGAAUUUCGUCAGGUUCAGCCCGGCUCAGCUCUGGCCGAUGCCCUCGGGGAGUUCCUCCUUCCUCCCGAUCCUCCAGGGAUGGAGAGUCUCUAUGAUGAAGAUGGGGUCUCCCUUCAUGACACAUCUCUGUUCGACCACUGUUCAUCGGCGUCCUCAGACUCCUCCAUCGACAUCGCCUUUGUGAAGUGCCCCAAAGUCCCCCAGGGAUCCCAUCAUGCGGUGGCAACCAAUGUGCCGAUAAACCGAGAUGUCUUUGGCAACGGAGGAAGCCCAGGUAAUGGUUACAGCAAACUACCAAACCGGGGUUGUGUGUCACCAGAUGAAGCUGUAAUGACAAAACACAAUCUCCAUCGACCACUCCAAGCCAGCCAGCGUAAGAGUAAGUCGCUGAAUGGCCUGCAGAUGGAGAACACAGUGAGUGGUCUGGACGUGGGACCGCUUUCCGACCACCUUCAGAGAGUGGGGCUGGGCACCCACGCCAAGCUGGAGCGUCAGGGCAGUAAGGGCAGUAAAUGUUCCACCCCGUCGCAUAAAGUCCACAGUCCCCUGGGGAACACGAACAAACAGAGUCCAGAUCUUCACGGACUGCUCAACAUUGACUCAGGCAUCCAGUCCUGGGCUGACGAGUCAAAGUGGAGGAGCACAACAGAGGAAAAUCAUCACACCCCCUUUAGCGAGAGGAGUCGCAAGGACAAGGGAGGCUUCAGGAGCUCGUUCAAGAAACUCUUCAAAAAGAAGGCUGCUGAUGAGAAAAAGGAGAAGGGAGGAGAAAAGACACCGGAAAAUCAAACCAGUGAACAUGAAACGUCGAUGAAAACUCCCAAACUGGUUCACCUGGAGAUAAAUCGUGGCACAGCUGUGUAACUUGUGCUUAGUGGAUAUUUUACUGCUUUGUAUAAACAUUGUAUGAGCUACACAGCAACUUUCCACUAAAAAAAAAAAAAAAUAUAUAUAUAUAUAUAUUAUUUAAACACCACAAAAUAUGUUACGUUCAGCUGUUUUAAAUUCUUUGCAACAUUGAAGAUGGAUUUAAUAGCGUCAAAACGACGAGUUGUAACUUUGUUUUCAGUCAGCUUGCGCUUUCAUCCCAUGACUGUAAUCAGUUACAAUUUCCUUUUGUUGCUUUUCUUUUUCUCCAACUAACUCAUUCAUACCAGUUUCAGCCUUUUAAUCAGUAGGUUGUUUUUUUAAAAAAAACUCUAACUAUAAAUUCCUCUGUUCGUCUUUGUUACGCUUUAUCCAGAAUUACUGCAAUGUACUCAGGAAACAUUAACAGCUACAAUGUUACACUGUGUAGAAAUUACAUCUUUCUUGUGUUUUUCCUGGACUAAAUUUAUCUUGAGAGAGAAAUGCACUCAAUGAAACUUGUCACUGGCUAUUUUUCUGGCCAUCAGCAGAUUGUUGAAUUAUUGUAACGCUAAAAAAUGCUGACAUCCACUAGAGCUUUGCAACCUGAAACUGUUCCAUGGUAUUCACGGUACCGGACAAAUGUUUUCAUAAUCCUUGAACUUUUGCCUACUUUAAAUUUGAAUGUAUUUUAAGAGGAUUUAUUGUGGUAUACUAGUACAUGAGUGAAACAAACAAAAUAAAAAAAAAAUCAAUAAGUUUUGAUUAAGUUGAGCAAACAAGAAUAAUAAUUAAAAAAAACAUCUCAAAAGUGUGGGCAACUUUAUCCCUGAUAACGCGUUGCUGUGCUCAACGUUUUAAAACACACAAAUAGUUUUGCAGCAUUUUAAGCGCAAAUGAAAUU